AUGGUAAUGAAAAACCACAGUGCUGUCCGUGAGUUCAUUCCCCUUGUACUAUCUAUUGACCCCCGUACUCAGGCUGUACUCUUCGUGCUGUUCCUUCUGAUUUACCUCCUCACUCUGAUGGGAAAUUUCUUAAUGCUGCUGAUGAUUAGGGCUGAUUUUCACCUCCACAUACCCAUGUACUUCUUUUUGAGAUGACUCUCCUUUCUGGACCUUUGCCACUCAUCUGUCACAGUCCCCAAGAUGCUGGAAAAUGUACUUUCUGAAAGUAAAACCAUCUUUGUAGACAGCUGCCUGGCUCAGGCCUUCUUUGUAUUUGCCACCAAGGGCACUGAGGCAUGUCUGCUGGCUGUGAUGGCCUAUGACCACUAUGUAGCCAUCAGCUCCCCUCUGCUCUGUGGCCAGGUGAUGAACAACCAGCUCUGUACUGGGCUGAUGUGGGGCUCCUGGGGCCUGGCCUUUGUUGAUGCUCUCAUCAACAUCCUCCUGGCUGUCAAUUUAGACUACUGUGAGGACCAAACUCUUCCCCACUUCACCUGUGAGCUGUCUUCUCUCUUCCAUCUUUCUUGCUUUGAUACCUCCACCAGUUUCACACUCCUGCUCUGCUCUUCUGUCUUGCAUCUCUUUGGAACCUUCAUUAUGAUUGUUUCUGCCUAUGACCACAUUGUCUGCACUCUCCUAAGCAUCAGCUCCACCUCAGGCAGAAGCAAGGCCUUCUCUACCUGCUCUUCUCACCUCACUACUAUUAUUUUGUUCUAUGGCUCAGGUUUCCUCAGCUAUUUCUUGCCAACCUCAGGCUCCACUCUGGAGAUGAUCUUCUCCUUGCAGUACAGUGUGAUUACUCCCAUGCUGAAUUCCCUGUUCUAUAGCCUACAGAACAAAGAGGUGAAGGGCAAAAAAUCAGUUGAGUGCACCCAUAUUUCUGACCUAAAGAACUAUCAGAAAAUGUAUUUGUGUCAUUUGAAGCCACUAAGUUUGUGGUAA